GAAAGACGCGGUGUCAAGCGGCGGAAGGCGACAAGCAGAGAUGGCCAACCUGCACUCCGGACAGAACCCGUUAUGAGAGUCGCUCCGGCUCAGGAACCGCCUGGACCCAUCCGGACCCACCGAGGCUCAGCUGGACUUUUUACUCCCGCAGGAGAAAACGAACGGCGAACCUCUCCUGUAAGAAUCCUCUGAUCCUAUUCAGUCUCUCUGCUCCUCUGCUCACAGUUCACUCCGUGCAGCCAAUCAGAGCGCAGCAGUUACCUGCAAAGCUCUACCUGCGCGACAGGCAGCAGGAGGACGGAGAUGAUGGCCCAGAGUCCCCGAUGGAAGAGGCGCAAACAGCUCAACCCCCGCAGAAAGAGCGUUGCGAACUAUGACACUGUGCUGGAGACGACCUCAGAGACAGAUGAUGAUGACCAGACGCUGCUCCGUGAUGACAGUAGCUUCACGGGAGCUGCGGGAGAGGAUGAAGAGGCAGGAAGUCCAGUUGGUGUUUCACAUCUGGAGGCAUCGCCCAGGGUUGGCCACACCCUGCUGUCCAACAAGGAUCAAGAGGACUUGGAACAUCGAGGAGAGGACAGGUGUAUCGGGGAGCAAAGCACCGAAUAUGAUGCUGUGGGACCUGAGGCAUCUCUGCAGGUGGUGGAAAAUGGUGCAGGAAGACAACUGGAAGGCAUCUCUGAGCUGGAUGAGUUGUUCCUGAAACGGAAGCUGGAAGAUGACUGCGGUCACCACGCAACUAUUGCAGAGUACCUGCAGCGCAGCGACACUGCCAUCAUUUACCCAGAAGCCCCAGAGGAGGUAACGCGACUGAGCACGCCUGAGGCAGCUGGUCAGGAUGAGAGCGAACACGAUCUGUCUUCCAGUGCCGCAGACGACUUCGCCCAGCUGCUCACCUGUCCAUACUGUGAGCGUGGCUACAAACGGCUGACGUCUUUGAAGGAGCACAUAAAGUAUCGACAUGAAAACACUGAGGAAACCUUCACCUGUCUGCUAUGUGCUGAAACAUUCACCCAGCGAUCCCAGCUAGAGCGCCAUAUGACCACACACAAGCCUGCUAUGGACCAGCCAUCACUGCUCAGUGAAGGAGCUGUAAACCGCAAGUUCAAGUGCAGCGAAUGUGGAAAAGCCUUCAAGUAUAAGCACCACCUGAAGGAGCAUCUCCGUAUCCACAGUGGUGAAAAGCCAUAUGAGUGCUCAAACUGUAAGAAGCGCUUCUCCCAUUCAGGAUCCUACAGUUCCCACAUCAGCAGCAAGAAAUGCAUCGGCCUAGUUGCCCUUAAUGGACGAGUACGCAAUGGGAACAACAGCAAACCUGGCUCCUCUCCAAACUCAACAACAUCAUCACCGGGAAGCCCUGCAUUGUCCCAUCUCCGGCAAAAACUAGAAAAUGGGCGACUACUUGGUUUACAAGACCAACAAGGUCAGCUAGACAUCAAAACUGAGCCAAUGGACUUCAAUGAGUACAGAAUGCUAAUGGCUUCACAGCAUGGGUUUGGGGGACCAGGGAUCUAUCUAAAUGGUCGUAGUGGAAGUCCCCUGAGUAUUCCAGGCCCCUUUCAACAAAUGGGUGGCAUUGGGCUUGAUCUCCCCCUCCUGGGCUACACUGGACCUCUUGGAAGCAGCCUAAGUGAGGUACAGAAAGUGCUCCAAAUUGUGGACAACACUGUUUGCAGGCAGAAGAUGGACAGAAACUCAGAGGAGUUGUCCAAGCUCAGGGCUUAUAUGAAGGAGCUGGGUGCCCAGAUGGAGGCACAGGUGAUUGGCCACAGUAGUCCUACCAAAAGCAUCAUUGACUACACGCUAGAGAAGGUCAAUGAAGCCAAGAACCUGAUUAAUGACUCCAAGAUGCAAAUGGAUGUUAACAAAGAGAAACCAAACCAAUCAAUUGAUCUCAGCAGUGAAGAAAAUUUGUCCGACAGACAAAACCAACUCCUGACAUUUUCCUGUCAGUAUUGCAAGGAAACCUUUCCUGGACCAAUCCCACUUCAUCAACAUGAGCGCUACUUGUGUAAAAUGAAUGAGGACAUCAAGGCAGUUCUGCAGCAGCCAGAGAGCAGUCCUGUUGGCUGCAGAGGGCAAAAGGCUGAUGAACUGUCACAUAGUGAGGCAGCAAACAGCCCUACCAACCCAUUCAAGGAGCACAUGUCAGUGCUGAAGGCCUACUUUGAUAUGAACACUGACCCCAACUCUGAGGAACUGCUCAAGAUUUCGCUUGCUGUUGGCCUUCCUCAGGAAUUAGUAAAGGAGUGGUUUUCACAAUGGAAAAGUCAAAACAACCACAUGGACAGUUUAAGAAAAAAAAUACACAUUCCUGAACCGGGUGGAGCCGACCAUAAUUUGAGUCGGUCUCCAGUGUCUCUUCCAGUUGUAGAUUUACGCAAUGGCUUCAUUAACAGCGAUGGUUCCUACAGAGUCAAAAAGACCAAUGAGUUUACAGCCCACAGGCAGACAAAAGGGGAAAAACAACAAGAUCCUGCGGACCCCUUACGAAGCAACACUCCAUCACCCUUAAACCUGUCUUCCACCUCAUCAAAACACUCCCAGAGUAGCUCUUACACUCCAAACAGCCUCACUUCAGAGGAUGCCCAUGGGGAUAUUCCUCUGGAUUUGUCGUUGCCCAAACACUUGGCACAGAAGCGACCAAGGCCCAAUGGUUUUAUCACCGACCACAAUGGGGAGCUUUCAGGACAUGAAAAGGGAUCUGAACCUUUAGAGCUUGUAAACAUUAAGAAGGAGGUAUUUAGCUCUGAUAGUGGUAGGAUCUCUAUUCAUCCGCUGGAGAAAAGCACCAGUCCAAUUUUUGGGAUUAAUCCCUUUGGUGGUGGUCCUAUGUAUACCUCCUUACCACCCCAUGGAGCCUUUUCUCCUGCCACCUUCAUAAGUCCUGCCCAGGCCACCAUCCCAGGUCUUAGGCCUUAUUCCGGUCUUGACCCCAUGAGUUUCCUGCCUCACAUGGCCUACACCUAUGCCCCAGGAGCUGCAACAUUUGCAGAAAUGCAGCAAAUGAGAAAGUACCAACGGAAAGCAGGUUUCCAGGGGGAGCUGCUGGACGGGACGGCAGACUAUCUGUCAGGCCUGGAUGACCUGACAGACAGCGAUUCGCUGCUCUCCAGGAAGAAGAUUAAGAAGACUGAAAGUGGUAUGUACGCGUGUGACUUGUGCGACAAAACAUUCCAGAAGACCAGUUCCCUCCUAAGACACAAAUAUGAGCACACAGGUAAACGUCCACAUCAAUGUCAGAUCUGUAAGAAGGCCUUCAAACACAAACACCACCUCAUCGAGCAUUCACGCCUACACUCAGGGGAGAAGCCCUACCAGUGUGACAAAUGUGGCAAGCGUUUCUCCCACUCUGGCUCGUACUCACAGCACAUGAACCAUCGCUACUCCUACUGCAAGAGGGAGGCUGAGGAGCGUGAGGCGGCAGAGAGGGAGGCCAAGGUAGGACCGCUGGCUGGAGGCCUGGAGCCCACCGAGUUGAUGAUGAGGAGGGCCUUUCUGCAGGGAUUGGGACCUCUCGGUUUCUCUGAUCCCGAAGAACAGCCAGAAGAGGGCUGUGGUACCAUCUUAAGGGACGGAAGAGAGGGAGGAGGAGAGCAGGAGGAGGGGGGAGUGGACAACAAGAUGUACGAGGAGGUGACAGACGGACACAAAGCAAGAUUCAAGAACAGAGAGGAAGAAGGGGGUGAUGGCAGGAGCCAGAUGGACUCAAAGCUCGAUGAAGGGGGCAAAGACUCAGCACAGCUGAUGGACACUUGUUCACGAGAAGGGAAGACAGACGGCACGUUGGAGCAGGAAGACUGAUGGAGGAAAAUGAACUGAGAAAAAUAAAGAUUUGUCCGUGAGGUUCAGUAUUUGCUUCAUGAUGAAGGAUAAUAGAAUGCCUGAUUGCAGGAUGUUGGUCAUGAGUCAGAUCUAUAUCCAAACUUGUGUUAUACAUCAGGCUUCUGGAUAAGAUCAACAAUGAUAUCCGGAGGGCGUGGUUUACCUAGGACACCUGUUACUCUCAGACAUCAUACCAAUUUUGAUGGCUCCCACUGAGUUAAAUCUCUUUAUUCAACUAAGCUGUAGUUUAUCAUGUUCAGUCUGAUUCUUUCCAGAAAGCAAUUUUUUUUUAAGU